AACAAGUUUACAGACUUCUGUUUCAGAGCCGUGGGGGACAGAGCAGCUUUGAGCGGAGAGAAACCAGAAGCACCUGCAGACACAUUUGCCUCUUUGGGCACAACUUUUUUUUCCAUCUUCUUAUGAGACUGGUCAGUACCUCUACCUCUUUGACUUUUGGCGCUGUUUUGUGAACUUUUUAUGUGCCUGUGAGUGAACACUAAAAGCCGCCUGAAUGUAUAACAUGAUGGAAACCGAGCUCAAGACCCCGCUCCCGCAGUCCAACUCGGGCUCGGCGCCGGGCGCUAAAAACAACAGUGCCAGCGACCAGGAGCGGGUGAAGCGGCCGAUGAACGCCUUCAUGGUGUGGUCCCGGGGACAGCGGAGGAAGAUGGCUCAAGAAAAUCCCAAAAUGCACAACUCUGAAAUCAGCAAGCGGCUCGGUGCUGACUGGAAACUUCUGACCGACGCUGAAAAGAGACCAUUCAUCGACGAGGCCAAGCGUCUACGCGCAAUGCACAUGAAGGAGCAUCCGGAUUAUAAAUACCGUCCCCGCAGAAAGACCAAGACCUUGCUCAAGAAAGACAAGUAUUCUUUGCCGGGGGGACUGUUGGCGCCAGGAGCCAACGCCGUCAACAACUCGGUGUCGGUGGGGCAGCGGAUGGACGGUUACGCGCACAUGAACGGGUGGACAAACAGUGCGUACUCCCUCAUGCAGGACCAGUUGGCCUACCCUCAGCAUCACAGCAUGAACAGCCCCCAGAUCCAGCAGAUGCACCGAUACGAGAUGGCAGGGCUCCAGUACCCGAUGAUGUCCUCGGCGCAGACUUACAUGAAUGCGGCGUCCACGUACAGCAUGUCUCCAGCGUAUACGCAGCAGACCAGCAGCGCCAUGGGACUCAGCUCCAUGGCGUCCGUGUGCAAGACCGAGCCGAGCUCACCACCGCCGGCCAUCACGUCCCACUCUCAGCGGGCGUGUUUGGGGGACCUGAGGGAUAUGAUAAGCAUGUAUCUGCCUCCCGGCGGGGACAGCGCAGAACAUUCCUCCCUGCAGAGCAGCCGGUUACACAGCGUCCAUCCGCACUAUCAGAGCGCAGGGACUGGCGUCAAUGGGACGCUACCUCUCACCCACAUCUGAGAGGAAGAAAAAGACUUCAAACUCUUAAAAAAAAGUACUUCGGAUACUUGAACUUUUUUUUGGUUGCUAAAGAAACAACGUUCAACAGUUUUGUUCAAAAAACAAUUUUAUCUCAAUAUCUCUUUGAGUUGUCCAUUUUUUAAAAUGAAUUUGAAAUGGACUGAACGUUGAGCCCAUCAGAGUUAAUUGCAUUGCAAAGAGGCUUUUUAUCACAAGUAUAAGCAAUCAACUUAUGUAGAAGAAUUGGACUUCUAUAUUUUAAUUAAUGCCAUAUUUUCUCUCUAUGAAAAGGCAUGUGGCCUCAUUAAGAGAGGCUGGUGUAUUUCAGAAAAGCUGGAUGGAAAAGUUGGUUCAUAAAUGUUUACA